UCCCCACCCCGCCGCGGCCCGCCUGGCCACGUCACCGCCCGGCCCGGAGAGCGCUGGAGGAGCGCGGCGGCCGGAGGCGCGGGCAGGGCCGGGGACGUGGUAGCCGCCCCGGCCGCCAGAAAGUUUCCUGGAAGUUUGCUGGGCGUGGGCUCCACGCCGACUGACAUGACCAUGAACGUGUUCCGAAUCCUCGGCGACCUGAGCCACCUCCUGGCCAUGAUCUUGCUCCUGGGGAAAAUCUGGAGGUCCAAGUGCUGCACCGGCAUCUCUGGGAAGAGCCAGAUCCUUUUCGCUCUUGUCUUCACCACCAGGUACCUGGACCUGUUCACCAACUUCAUCUCCAUCUACAACACCGUGAUGAAGGUGGUUUUUCUCCUCUGCGCCUAUGUCACAGUGUACAUGAUCUACGGGAAAUUUCGGAAAACAUUUGACAGUGAGAAUGACACAUUCCGCUUGGAGUUUCUUCUGGUCCCAGUCAUUGGCCUUUCCUUCCUUGAGAACUACAGUUUCACUCCCCUGGAGAUCCUCUGGACUUUCUCCAUCUACCUGGAGUCAGUGGCCAUCCUGCCCCAGCUCUUCAUGAUCAGCAAGACGGGAGAGGCCGAGACCAUUACGACUCACUAUCUGUUCUUCCUGGGUCUGUACCGGGCUCUCUAUCUGGCUAACUGGAUCAGGCGGUACCAGACUGAGAAUUUCUAUGACCAAAUUGCAGUGGUGUCUGGAGUAGUACAGACCAUCUUCUACUGUGACUUCUUCUACUUGUAUGUGACCAAAGUCCUUAAAGGAAAGAAGUUAAGUCUUCCGAUGCCAAUUUGAGGGUUCCUGGAGAUCUCUAUAGUCAAGGACAUGAAUAGCAAACCAUUUUCAAAGUUCUCCUUGGCAACUUAUCCAUGAGUUGAAUCAAAUGUUAAAGUUAGAAAAAUGCUUAGUGUGGAUUUCAACAAAGCACUGAUCGUUUUCUCUGUAAGACCUUGUCAGUAGGAUCUCCCUUGAAUACCCAUUAUAGAGGCAAUGAAGAGCUGGGCCCACCUUGAACCUGCAACAAGCAGCCUUAAGGUGAUUUCCCAUGAAUGGAUCAAAUAAACCAUUGUUCUCUAAGACCCAAGUCCAUGACUCGUGCUAAUAGUCACUUCCAACUGGAAGGAUGUCCCUGUAAGAACGCCCAACUGAAGAUCAGUUAAAGUAUCAGCAAUAUGCUCUUGUGGCAAUUUCUACUUACCAGGUAGGUGACCAAAUUUAGGUAGUCAAGAUAAAAAAGUGAUAGCUUGUGUGAAAUGUUAUUUUACUUCCUUCCACCCUAUAUGCCACACAAACCAAAUAUACCUGCUCUGGCUGGAGUCAGUUUUAUGGCUCACUAGCCCUUCACCAUCUUAGGUGGGUACAAUUUGCAUAUCACCUGAUCAGCAUUGAGCAAAUAAGAUACCUACUAGGUAUCUUGCCUUCAAUUCUUGCAUUAAGACCAACCCAUCCCACCUUCCUUUCAGUUUUAGGUGAUAAAAUGAUUAG